AUGGUGAGGCGGAAGAAGAGCAUGGGGCGGCAGAAGAUCGAGAUCAAGAGGAUCCAGAACGAGGAGGCGCGGCAGGUUUGCUUCUCCAAGCGCCGAAGCGGAGUCUUCAAGAAGGCCAGCGAGCUGUCCAUCCUUUGCGGCGCUGAGAUUAGUGUCGUCGUCUUCUCCCCCGCCGGCAAGGUCUUCUCCUUCGGCCACCCCUCCGUCGAGGCCGUCGUCGACCGCUUUCUCGUCGGGAACCCACGCCGGCAGCACCCGGCGUGCAGCGGAGGCGGAGGCCUCGAUUCGCACCGCGAGGCAGCCGUGCGGGAGCUCAACAGAAAAUGCAUGGAGCUGCACGACAUGGUGGAGGCCGAGAAGAAGAAGCGCGACGCUCUCGAAAAAGAGAUCAAGAAGGAGAAGGAGGGGGAGGCGGGAAGUUGGUCUUGGGACGGCGACGAAGACGUGGAGAGACUCGGCAUGGAGGGGCUGCAGGAGCUGGAGCGUAGGCUAGUGGAGUUGAGGAGCGACGCGGCGAGGAGGGCGGACCAGCUGCUGCAAAAGAGCUUCGUGUUCAAGCCGCAAUUCCUGGCAGCGGCGCCGCUCGGCAGUGGCGGCGCCGGAGCGGCGGCGGGGGUGCAUGCAGUGAAGAAUGAAGCCGCCGACGUGCAUUAUCCAGGUCUCGACGCCGGCGGGUUCGGGGGCUACGGGCACGGUUUCUUUAGCUCCACAAUCUAA